AUGUCGUCCCGCACGCGCUACUUCCUCUCGUCGCGCGUCUACUCGGCCUCGGCACCAGACGGCGCCCCAGGCACGGUCGUCGUCGAGCUCCCCGCGGGCACCAUCUCCGCCGUGCACCCGCGCCUCCUCGAGCGGCCAGCGGGCACCCAGGACGACGACUGGGUCGACGUUGGCGACAAGUGGCUCCUUCCUGGUCUGGUCGACGCGCAUGUCCACCUCAAUGAGCCGGGCAGGACAGAGUGGGAGGGCUUCGAGACGGGCACGGCCGCGGCAGCAUCCGGCGGCGUGACGACCGUCAUCGACAUGCCGUUGAACGCCAUCCCGCCGACGACGACCGUCGCCAACCUGCACACCAAGCUCGCCGCGUCCGAGGGCAAGCGCCACAUCGACGUCGGCUUCUGGGGCGGCGUCAUUCCGGACAACGCGGCCGACCUGCAGCCGCUCGCCCACGAGGGCGUCAAGGGCUUCAAGGCGUUCCUGUGCGAGAGCGGCGUCGACGAGUUCCCGGGCAUCAACGAGCAGCAGAUCCUCGCCGCCAUGAAGGAGCUCAACGAGGCCAAGUCGCUCUUCCUGUUCCACGCCGAGCUCGACAACCCGGCGUCGCAGCAGCACGGUCACGGUCACGCCGACCCGGCCGCCUACUCGACCUUCCUCGACUCGCGCCCGCCGUCGCUCGAGGAGUCGGCCAUCGACCUCAUCAUCCGCUGCGCCGCCCAGUUCCCCUCGCUGCGCACCCACAUCGUCCACCUGUCGGCGGCGUCGGCCCUCCCCGCGCUCCGUCGCGCGCGCAACGACCUCAAGCUCCCCAUGACGGUCGAGACGUGCUUCCACUACCUCACCCUGUCGGCCGAGGAGAUCGCCCAAGGCCAGACCCUGUUCAAGUGCUGCCCGCCGAUCCGCGCCGCGUCGAACCGCGACGCCCUGUGGGACGCGCUCCUUGCGGGCGACAUCGACUUUGUUGUGAGCGACCACAGCCCGUGCGUCACCGAGCUCAAGAAGCUCGACGAGGGCGACUUUAUGGGCGCGUGGGGCGGCAUUGGCGGGCUCGGGCUCGGCCUGUCGCUCCUGUUCACCGAGGCGCACAAGCGCGGCGUCGAGAUGCGGCGCGUCCUCGAGUGGGUCGCGAGCACGCCCGCGAAGCAGGUCGGCCUCGAGGGCCGCAAGGGCGCCAUUGUCGAGGGCGCCGACGCCGACUUUGUCGUGUUUGACCCGCAAGAGUCGUUCACGAUUCGCAAGUCCGAGCUGCACUUCAAGAACCGCGCCUCGCCGUACGAGGGCCUCACGCUCACCGGCGCCGUCCGGUCGACCUACCUCCGGGGCAAGCAGGUGUACAGCCGCGACACUGGGUUCAAGGGCGUCGAGAGCGAGAGCGACGGCAAGACGUUGCUGUAAACGGUCGAGGGCACGAGGUAGAGCGGCUGCAUAGACGACUUGCUCAG